AUGAGCGCUCCCCGAGUGGACGGCGCCGCCGCCAAUGGCACGCACAAGUACCAACGAGUGACCGAGCAGCCAGAGAAUCCGUUCGCAAAGCUGAUUCCCGAUCAAACAUUCGCCAUCAUCCCGGAAGUCACCCUCGAAUCUGGUGUCGUGCUCCGAAAUGUACCCGUCGCGUAUAAAACGUAUGGCACUCUUUCGCCCGCUGGAGAUAAUGCCAUGGUGAUAUGUCACGCCCUGACGGGUAGCGCCGACGUUGGUGACUGGUGGGGACCGAUGCUUGGAGGUUCUGGGAAAGCCUUCGACAUCUCGAGGUUCUUCGUCGUCUGCAUCAACAGCCUGGGCAGCCCGUACGGGAGCGCCAGCCCUGUCACAGCGAAAGAUGGCGACCCCUCAUUGGGUCAGUACGGACCUGAGUUCCCAUUGACAACUGUGAGAGAUGAUGUAAACAUCUUUAAACUUCUCCUCGACGAUCUCGGUGUGCGCCAAAUUGCCGCAGUCAUCGGAGGCUCCAUGGGAGGCAUGCUCGUCCUCGAAUUUGCCUACUUUGGUACGGAUUACGUCAAGAGCAUUAUACCCAUUGCAACGUCGGCACGAUACAGCGCGUGGGGGAUCAGCUGGGGAGAGGCACAACGGCAGAGCAUUUACAGUGACCCGAAGUACGAAGACGGAUACUACACCUAUGAGGACCCUCCUUCCACGGGUCUAGGGGCUGCCCGCAUGUCGGCUCUCCUGACGUACCGCAGCCGUGAUUCGUUCGAGUCGCGCUUUGGCCGCAACACGCCUGACGUGUCCAAAAAACAGAGCAUCAACGUGGUGCCCCGUCCAAAUACACCUUCGCACGAGCACUGGGCGAUCCACAACCAUGGCCACAAAAAUGCCGGCUCGCCUCGCGUGUCACGAACCAAUAGCGCUGCUGCUCUUACUAGCUCAGCAAAGACGGCCGAUCUUGAGUUCAAAGACGCCUCAAAUCCACCUUCCCCACCGAUGAACGGCAAGCUGAGUAGCCCUCUAUCGCACUACCAGAGCUCUCGCACACCCCACUAUUUCUCCGCGCAAUCGUACUUGAGGUACCAGGGUGAGAAGUUCAUCAAGAGGUUCGAUGCCAAUUGUUACAUUGCCAUUACUCGGAAGUUGGACACCCACGAUCUCUCCCGGCACCGCUACCCAGAAGGCUUCAAUGCGGAGACAUUGGACCCAGUAUUAGCGUUGCAGCAUGCCCUAUCGCUAAUCAAGCAGCCAACCCUAGUUCUCGGCAUACAGUCCGAUGGUCUCUUCACCUUUGCAGAGCAACAGGAAUUAGCCGCUCACAUUCCGAAUGCGAAACUUAAGACAAUCGAUUCGCCAGACGGCCACGAUGCUUUCCUACUCGAGUUCGAACAGGUCAAUGGGCAUCUUUGCGGUUUCCUCAAAGAAGCUCUUCCAGAGAUCAUGAAGCGCACUCCGAACGUCGACAAUAUCGGUCUGGCUGAGACAGGCAUGAAUGCUACCAAGACAAGCACUUUCGGCGAGGCUGAAGUGGAAGACAUUACCGCUUGGUAG